GCAGCAAGAUGAUGUCUAGCUUCAGUAAAACGAUGAUUGCAUAAGAAAUAUUGGGUUAAAUCAAUUGAUGCUAAAGCCCAAUAAUAACAUCCUACAUUUUGAAACUUCAUUGUUUCAGAUACAAGGAGUUUUUCAGCGAGAAAACAGAUAGAUAUAAUGUCAAGUAAUUGGCUAUCUAAUAGAGAAUUUGUAAUGUCCCCCGAAAAUUUUUGAUAGCCAAUCGUGACAUUGUGUUUAUAUUUGUUUCUUGGAAAGUUCCCUAAAAUUAAGGCUCGAUAGAGCUGAUUAUUCGACUCCAGAAAAAUCGAAAAUGAGAUAGAAAUAAAGGAAUUAUUCUUUCUCUUUUAUUAUUUAUUCCUCGCCAUCAGAACAUUAUAGACGAUAUAUGUAUAGGAAGCAGUUCUAUUGCAUACUCGAGACGAGCCACCUGUUGAUUGAAAGAGGGAAGUUCACACAUGACUGAGCCACAGGCCACAGUGACUGAGCAUAUUUGCCGGAAAGUUUAUUUCGCUGCGAGUUAAAAUUAUACGGCGUAAUAAUGUGUCUCUUUGAUUAACGAAGAUCCAUAGUAUAUGUGACCAAAAAGUUGAAGUCUUAUUAAAUUGAACAAAAAAAUAGAAUAGAAAAUUGGAGCUGUGCAAUUCUUAUUGAAACUCUUAUAACAGAUGGAGCAACAAUUCGACAAAAAUGAACAUCAUUCAAGAUCAGUGACCAUUCCCGAUUCACAUCAUCAAGAAUAGGUCUCAAGAAUUGUCUUUCAUCUUUAUCUUUCUUGUUUUUCUCGCUAUUCUGCGAUUUAUUUCUGCAAGUCGAGUUAUAUAGCAUCAUCCAGCAAUCAUGGAACAAUCUGAAAAGAAAGUCAAGAAUUUUGAAGUCAUUGUGAAAAAUCUUAUAGCUGGCGGUGUAGCUGGUAUGUGCUCAAAAACAACUGUAGCACCUUUAGACAGAAUAAAAAUUUUAUUACAAGCACAGCAUGAAUAUUAUAAACAUUUAGGUGUCUUCUCAGGAUUAAAAGAAGUUGUUCGACGUGAAAAUUUUCUUGCUUUGUAUAAAGGCAAUUUUGUUCAAAUGAUUAGGGCUGUACCUUAUGCUGCAAUACAAUUUACAGCAUUUGAACAAUAUAAAAAGCGUUUAGGAAAAUUAUUCGAGCAAGAUUCGCAUAUAGAUGGAUUCUUAGCCGGAGCUGCCGGAGGUGUCACAGCAGCUGCAAUUACAUAUCCACUUGACACUAUCAGAGCAAGAUUAGCCUUUCAAGUUACUAGUAAUACACUUUAUUCUGGAAUUAAACAUGCUGCUGUUAGAAUGUUUAAAGAGGAAGGUGGUCUGCGAGCAUUAUAUAGAGGAUUCUGGCCAAAUAUGUUGGGCAUGAUACCUUAUGCAGGAUUUUCCUUCUAUACAUUUGAAAAAUUAAAAUAUCAGUGUUUGAAAUAUGCACCACAUUAUCUUUGUUCUGAACAUAAAGCAACUGGUAAUCUUAUAUUAACUAUACCAGCAAAACUUUUAUGUGGAGGCGCUGCCGGUGCUGUAGCACAUACUUUUUCUUAUCCAUUGGACGUUACAAAAAGACGUAUGCAAUUGGCAAUGAUGAAUCCAACUACACAUAAAUAUGCAUCUGGAAUGUUUUCUACUAUUAAGAUGAUAUAUAUUGAAAAUGGCAUUGUAAAAGGCUUAUAUCGUGGAAUGAGUAUUAAUUUCUUACGAGCAAUUCCUUUCAUGGCAGUUGGUUUUGCAACAUAUGAAGUGACAAAGCAAAUGCUCAAUUUAGAUACAGGAGUAAGAUUAUAAUUAAUAUACGUAAU